GUGUGUCUUGCUGGGACACAGUGGAGGUCUCAGCUCUGGUUUUCGGAGCGGUCGGGUGCAUUCUCCUCCCCUGGCCCCCACGUCCUCGAAGCCCCCGCCGCCAGACCCAUCGGCGAAACCAGCCAGUGGCUCCUGCGGCGCCCUCCCGCACCGGAUCGCUCCUCGCUGGGGCGGGACCUGGCCCAACAGCUCCGGUCACUAUGAGUGAAACAUCUUUCAACCUAAUAUCGGAAAAAUGUGACAUUCUAUCAAUCCUCCGGGAUCACCCUGAAAACAGGAUUUACCAGAGGAAAAUCCAGGAACUCAGCAAAAUGUUCACCGCGAUCCGCAAGACCAAGGGGGACGGGAACUGCUUCUACCGGGCCCUGGGCUACUCCUACCUGGAGUCUCUGCUGGGGAAGAGCAGAGAGAUCCUCAAGUUCAAAGAGCGCGUGCUACAGACCCCCAACGACCUCCUGGCCGCCGGCUUCGAGGAGCACAGGUUCCGAAACUUCUUCAAUGCUUUUUACAGUGUGGUGGAGCUGGUGGAGAAGGACGGCUCCGUGGCCAGCCUGCUGAGGGUGUUCAACGACCAGAGCGCCUCGGACAGAAUCGUGCAGUUCCUGCGCCUGCUCACCUCGGCCUUCAUCAGGAACCGCGCCGACUUCUUCCGACACUUCGUGGACGAGGAGAUGGACAUCAAGGACUUCUGCACUCACGAAGUGGAGCCGAUGGCCACGGAGUGUGACCACAUCCAGAUCACGGCCCUGUCGCAGGCGCUGAGCAUCGCCCUGCAGGUGGAGUACGUGGACGAGACGGACACGGCCCUGAACCACCACGUGUUCCCCGAGGCCGCCGCCCCUUCCGUGUACCUGCUCUAUAAAACUUCCCACUACAACAUCCUUUACGCAGCCGAUAAACGUGAUUGAUUUUAGGCCACAAAGUGGAGCCUGUACCCUUCACGGGGACUGCAUUCUGAAUGGAACGUCACGGCUUUUCAGUUUUUUUAAGCGGUUUAGACUGUAGUUAGAGAAACCAGCACACACGGACUUUUGGGGCAGAGUCCCUGGGAGUGAGGCCUACCGAUUAGGGACUGCGGUAAUUUGGUGAUAUUUUUAGUAUUCGUUCUCAUAAAGGACCAAACGGUCUUUAACUCGGGUUUCGGGGGCCAGGGCCCCCCGGCUCUGCUCCGGGUCCCUCGAGACCGCGGGUCAGUCUCCUCCCCUCCCCGGGCCUGUUUCUCCGCCGCCGGAGCCUUCCACCAGCGCCGACAUUCUAUUUUUGUACCAAAACAAGCCAGUGCCCUCUGGUCAGUCUUUUCACCACGGACAGCGCCUCCCUCUAAGGGAGGAAAAGCUCAAGGUCGACUGUCUUAAGCGACGUACAAGUUCUAUAAAAACGAAUCAGCUCUAACCACCUGUCGGGCUGGACGCUGGUGGGCGGCUGGGUGACGCGCCGGCCAGCCUGGAUGCACGGGCUUCGACGUGGUUCCAAACUGCCACAGCGGGAGUGUGUUCUCACCCCUAACUUCAGAAGGAAAGAGACUUUUAUGCCAAAGCCUAGAAAGCAGACUUGAGUGGGACGCUCACGUUGUCGGGCCCCUCUACCUCUCCCAGGGCCAGGACUGCCUGCCCGGCCGCUCAGGGUUCCUCCGCCAGCCCCGCUCGGACCACUGCUCAAGGAAGAGGAGAACCUGGGAGCUGGCGGCUGUGCGUCCACCCCCGGCGCGCCCUGGAAGGAGAACCAGGCGCUCUGGCUGCACGCGCAGCCGGACUCCAGCCGAGCAGAACGGACGCGUGUCACAAGGCUGUCGUAUUUCCUCUCCCCUCCGCACCCGGCUGCUGCUCGGUGUACGGGCUGCGAGAGGUCAGGCGAGGGGGAAGAACACGGGCGGGCCGAAGACGCUGGCACCGAGGGGGACUUCUGUGGUGGAGACCGCCUGGCAGUCCAGAGCCCUGGCUGGCGGCCUCCUCAUUCAUCCACCUGGACACGCCCAUUAACGGCCUCACCGUGCUGCCCCAGGACCUCACGGAGCCCCGGCCAGUCUAGGGCUCUGCUAGCAAGUUCUCCUGCUCUGCGGGAGGAAACAACGCAAGGGCACGGGGCUGCCCUGUGUGCUGCUCCCUCCACCGAAGGCCCUCUCCUCCCAGGCCCCACUCCGCAGGGACGCGUCAGAACCUGCUGGCGCCGCAGGGCGCAUCUGCCUCUGCCGCCGGCCAGACUGCACAGCACAGAGCUGGGGGGGGGAGGCUGCUCUGAGUCCUGGGCACAAAGGUCGCGCCAGGGUGCUUGAAUUCCAGGCAGGGACGCAGGUUCCUGUCCUGCCGCUGGCUGGAAUUUGAACCCAAGGGCUCAGACUGAGUGACACGUCACUUUUCCACUGGACGAUAAAUCUGACCCUUCCGUCCGAAUUACCUCAGCGUCCUGCCCUGCUGUGGGCAGGAGCGUGGGCUCUGUGACGGUACACUGGAGCGGGGGACGUGUUACACAGUGUGUGAGUAUCGGCGUCCUCCACCCCCAAACUGAGGAGCGGGCACACUCGACACAGGGCGGAACGCCCGUGGCCGCUCGGAGGGUGGUGCGGUGGGUCCUCAGCCCCGGCCAGGCACCCCGGCACCGCGUAAACAGCACCGGCUGCCACUUCUCUGCACGUGUGGCCUGUGUAGCGCUCACGAAAGCAGUUUUCUCUCCGGCAGACUGGCUGGAGAAGUCCCCUCCGAGACUCACCUACACUGUGCUUCCAGGCCUGGGGCCACCAGUGCUCACCUGGGACCCCGGUCCCAGGAGAGAUCCCACCAGCUUAGAGCCGGAGUGCCCGAGAGAGGCGGGCCCAGUUCCUCUCUCUAUGGCAAAGCACUGCAGAGAGAGAGUGGCAGGAUUCAGUGGAACUCUCACACGAGUAGCUAUCUGUCUAAAGUCGGGGUUAUGUCCCAAUAAACCCAUUACGUUGAAAGUAUUUCAAGUGGAAAGUGCAUUUAAUACACCUCACCAACUGGGCACCCCAGUUCAGCCUAGCCU